AUGCGCGUGGUCAAGCAAGAGCGCAGUCUUGUUGUAGAGCGAGAUGAAAAGCCGCGGAAACAGAGAAAGCGAGCCCUAGUCGCAUGCAAUCGAUGCCGGAAGAGAAAAAUCAAGUGUAAUGGUGAUCUUAACACUGGCCUGGCUUGCUCCAGCUGCCGUAGUGUUGGAGCCACCGAAUGUCAGUACAUACGAGUCAACUCUUUGGCCCCCGAAGACGCUGCUAGAGAAGCAGCCAGACUUUAUGCAAAUAAGGGCCAGGGAAGAUCAAUCCUCAUGGGCUCUCCUCAAAUGCGGGCUCCAUAUCAGCGAGAGGAGUACGAGCUGGAUAUCCAGUCCAACUUCUCACGGCAACCCGUUGGCAUAGACCACUCCUAUGAUGACCAGUCAGCCAACUACCACGGCCAGACAUCGCCAGGGUACAUGCUGUCCAGCAAUCCUGGAGCAAUGCUCGACUAUGGCACUACAUGGGGCAACCGAGCCUGGGAUCUCAACGGCAGACCCAAUGGUGAGUUCUUCGAAGAACAAAACAGCAACAUGAGCCAAGGUACAUAUGGCUUUGUUCUCCCAGGCCAAGGCAUGUCCGCCGAAAUUCCCCAGUCAACAGGAGCCAUGACAACGCCAUAUACCGACGCCGUAGACCGCACCCUCCCUACACCCCCAACCUGGCGAAGCCAACCCCAGCCCCAGCAAAACAUCAACCUCUCAACCCUCCCAGAUGGCCUCUCAGGCAUGACCCUAGCCCCCGAUGCAAAGGGCUACUGGAACAGGACAGUUCCAAUGGCCACCGUCCCAAGCAACGGUAUCUACAAUCUCAGCCCAUCAGCACGCAUCAAGUCAACAGACUCGGACGAUGGAACACCCGAUCUCGUCUUCGGAUACAUCCCUAUGUCUACUACAAAGGAUCCCUCCCCACUUCCACCAGCCUCAUCCUCAUCCUCCAUAGCCUCCUCCGCUGCAAACCCCCCUUACCCAGCCCUAGACACGAUAGAGACUACUCUCAUGGGUGAGUACAACACGUCUGAUGCGCGUGUGGGACGCACAUUCUCGCGCGAAAGCGGCGCCGGACAGCGUAUGCUCGCACUGACUUCUGAUUGCUCGCCCGAUGUGUAUGGGUAUUCCGGCAGUGAGCGCAGGAAGUCCAGGGGUGUUUUCGAGGGUGCUGAUGUGCGCUGCUCGGCGCCUACUCUUAUUAAUGGGUUGCCUUAUACGCGUGUGCGCCAUGCAGACUCUGCGGUUGGUCUGCCGUAUGGCUUUUUGGCUGAUAACUUGUCUGAUUAUGGGCGUUCGGUUGAUAGUUUGCAUCGUCCUCCCAUUUCACCCUUGGGGCACCAGGGGGCGUAUUGA